UGCUCCCUCCCCUUUCAGUUUCAACUCUUUUUUUCUUUCUCUCUCCAAUAAUUUUUUGUUUUUCCAACUUAAAGGUGACUUCUAAACGGUGAAACAUAACCCACAAAUAAAUACAUAACAACCUUUAAGAUGCGCCUCUCUUUCUCUGUCUUCAAACGCUUGUUGUUCAAAGCUUCAACUUUCAACUCUUCCUUGUCAUCAACUCAUGCUUUUUAGAGGCUGUUUUGGAUUGGUUCUGUCUCCAAUAUGGAUUUUGGGGUUCUGGGUCUGGAGGGUAUUGUGGGCCCUGGUAGUGGAGCUCCAUCUCAAGCUCAACCUCCUCCACCACCAUUCCUCUCAGCCGAGGCCAAGCCUAAGCUUGUUGGAUCUGGGUUUACCAAACAAGAAAGAUCUUCUGACUCAGCUGAAGAUCUCAGGAAAAGUUCAAAGUUACCAAGAACUGAUGAUUUGUCAACCCCGAAGACAAUGCCAUUGCACCAAGGCAGUUCUUUGUUGAGAUCUAAUUCUUUGGUCUCAGCUACCACUCGCCAACAAGAGCAUAUGGUAAGCUUCUCUUCACUCAAAUCUGAAGUUCCUUUUAUCAGCAAAGAUGGUGUCUUUUUGGAGAGAAGUACACAAAACAGUGGCUUUUCUUACUAUCAGUAUACACCCUCGACGUACACUAGAAAUAUGGGUUUUGGGACAGGAAGCAUGAAUGCAAGCAUGCAUGGUCCUCUUACUGCGAUUGGAGGACCUUUUACUCCAUCUCAGUGGAUUGAGCUAGAACACCAGGCAUUGAUCUGCAAGUACAUCACAGCUAAUGUGCCUGUACCUUCCAAUUUGCUCAUCCCUCUUAAGAAGUCCCUCUACACAUAUGGCUUGAUCAGCUCAUCUGUUGGAUCGUUGCCUCACAAAUCAUUGGGAUGGGGCCCUUUCCAUCUGGGGUACUCUGGCAGCACUGACCCUGAGCCAGGGAGGUGUCGUCGAACGGAUGGAAAGAAAUGGAGAUGCUCCCGGGAUGCUGUUGCCGACCAAAAGUAUUGUGAAAGGCACAUAAACAGGGUUCGCCAUCGUUCAAGAAAGCCUGUGGAAGGCCAGACUGGCCAUGCCGUCUCUGGAACCACUAAUUCAAAGGUGGUGCCGAUGUCUGCUUCGAUGUCAGCAUCGGUGAUAACCAGUGGUGGUGCGUCAAACUGUCUCGCAAUUGCACAGCACCAGUUUAAGAACUUGCAAUCUGGUGUUGCCAAUCCUUCUGCAAACACCCUUGUCAACAGAAUACAAGAUACACGGGGGCUGUCCUUGAUGUCUUUCGCCAGCAACCUGAAAUCCAACAACUCCACAUUUACGAUUACGAAACAAGGUGUUCCAAUUGCAGAAUCCUCUCAAUCAGAUUUUGGACAUGUUGCCUCUGAUUCUUUUGUUAAUCCGUCACAUAGAGGCUCUUACAUGAAUUCUAAAGAGUAUGGUCUGUUCCUAGACUUCACUGAUCAAGAAACCCAAGACCAAAAUCCACUUCACCAAUUCAUUGAUGACUGGCCCAAGGAUCAAUCUAGUCGUUCUGUAAUUACUUGGCCAGAGGAGAUAAAAUCAGACUGGACCCAACUCUCUAUGUCUAUUCCUAUGGCAUCUUCAGAGUUCUCAUCAUCCUCAUCCUCACCAGCACAAGACAAGCGUGUUCUUUCACCUCUUAGGUUAUCUCGAGAGUUUGAUCCAAUCCAAAUGGGUUUGGCAAUGAACAGUGAGAUUAGUGACCAGAACAAAAAUCAAGCUCACUGGAUACCCAUAUCUUGGGGAAGUUCAAUGGGGGGUCCUUUAGGAGAGGUCCUAACUUACACCACAAGCAAUGUGGGCAGCUGGAAGAACCCAUCAGCUCUUAGCCUCUUAUCUGAAGGGUGGGAUGGCAGCCAACAUAUGGAAUCUUCUCCAACUGGUGUCUUGCAGAAGGCACCUUGGGCUUCACUUUCAAAUAGCAGCUCAGGAAGCGGUCCUAUAGCUGAGAAUAAGAAACCCCAUGAUGGUGCCAGCCUUUGCAAUAAUGUGCUCAGCUCCACUCUUGUAAGUUCUGCCUUGAUUCCUUCUGUAAUCAGAAGCUAAUAAUUUAAGCGAGAAAAGAAGAGAGUGUGGAAGAAAAAUGAGCCUGGAGCAGGUUUAUUAGGAGAAGCUUGAAGAACUUCUGUUUAAUUAAUUUCCUUUCAUCUUUGAUCAAUUUUAACUUAUUGUUCUUUAAUUUUAAAAUGUAGGAACUUUGCUAUAUCAAAUUUAAUAGAUAUUUGACAUUUUGGCUUAUGUGUAUUUGUGGGUGUAUGAGUGUAUAUAUAGGUUGUGAGUUGAAGUGAUUUAUGAUCUGAUUAAUUGUCUCAUAUUCUGAUUGCCACUGAAAUGUUGUUCCGAAGUGCAGCCAAUCUUUUUUCAAUUAUAGGUAGUGAAUUUUACAUUUUUGCAGACCUGAACAAGGAUAAUAAUGUGGGCUAGAUUGAGGUUUGCAUCUAGCCUGGACCCCAUUAGCAGGAAAAAUGGGGUAAAGGCUGGUCAAUGAUAGUGCUGAAACUUUCAUCAAUAAUGCAUCAUAAUAUAUGGAUAACUUCCAAAAAACAUAUAUCGACUCUGUUGGGCUACUAAGUGACAGACCUCUUCCCAUCCUUUCCAGUUGGUAGACAGCUAACAUAAUUGAGAUCACUAUAGAAGAUCAGU